CACACACUUAGGACGCUCUUAUGGGGUUAGAUAGUUUACUCUAAGAGUUUGUUUUGUAUCAGAAAAUAAGGAAAGUCGACUUGUUAGCUGUACGUCACUGCCUCUGUAACUACCUGUUUUCUGGAGAAACACAGGGACCUCUCAGGAUUACAACGGUCAGGGAGCGCUAAUUUUCGGCGUAGUCACGCGGCGCCGAGCUCCGUCUGGGGAGGAGCAUUCGCGUGAGGACUACUAUAGAAGAGUGAAGAAGACUGUGGCUGGUGCUACAACCCGCGUUGGUGUUGGGACGUCGUGGGCAACGAAAUUUCACGCAGGUCAUCGCUCGUCUCAAAUAAGUACUUCUAGAAUCCACCUUUAUAGUAGCCAAAAGCAAAUAUCGCCGAGGAGAUGGCGGGCCUCGAGCGCAUCCGACAGAUUAAUCCGGGUCUGGAGACCUUCUUACAAUCGCAAUCAGAAAACUAUUACUGUGCGGACUGCGACGCUAAGAAUCCAAAAUGGAGCUCGGUCAGUCUAGGAAUAUUCAUAUGCACCUCCUGCGCUGGGAUACACCGGAAACUUGGGGUACUAAGCACAUGAUAUUUUUCUAUGGCUUUUUUGUAUACAGGUAGAAGAUCAUGAGGCACCAGGGUUAAUAUUUCGAAUUAUUACCUUUACAGCUUUGAUACCAGCAGGCAAGCAGAUAUAAGUAAGAACUGUAGCGUCUUACUUAUGAUCUUUCUUCGUGAUAGUUUUGAGCCUGUUCUGUAACAACUACAGGUCCACAUUAGUUUCGUACAGUCAUGUACGAUCGAUCGAUGGAAGCCGGAAUGGAUCGUGAAAUUUUCGAAAAUGGGCAAUGCAAUAGGCAAAAUGUACUACGAGCACUCCGUGACAGAUGAGGAGCGGGCAGCAAAUGUAGUGGAACUAAGGCUCUAUCUUUGUAAACGGUAGCCUUAGAUGAAGUUAGAGAGACUCGACCUCGAGUGAUAUGAAAGAGAUAGAUUGACAGUGACACUCGAGAACUUUGAUUAUGAAUUCAUCAUGCAGUUCGUCUCUGUACUAGGGUGAGGGGCUACUUCGUGUUGAAAAUCGACUCCACCUUGUAGCUCUAAGCAACGGCGCAGGGCUAACGUCGGGCGACAGCAUAUCAGAGCAGGACGCGCGUCGAUUGGAAGCGUGGGUUCGGAGAAAGUACGAAAAGAAAGAGUUUGCCCUAGGCCGCCAAGCGGACGGAUCCUUCGCUUUGCCAGAGCCAAAGGUGCUGGUGCAGCAAGGAAAGGAUCCGAGGACAGAGUACUUAUACUGACUUUAAUAUACGAAAUAAAAAAAUGAAUAUAUUUAUAUAUAUAAGUACUAGAUAUAAGUUGUACUCAGUCGAUCUGAUGUGUCCGGUUUUGUCGUAUUGAGUAAGUGAUUUCCUCCAUUUUGACUAAAGCAUCAAAAAUUUCUAGGAAAGAGAUGAGGUAGAUGUCCUGUCCACUCGUACGUCGAAGGUGCUGAGAGUAUACUGUAGUAAAUGUUGUUGUAUUUGUAUGCUGUUCGUAUAAAUAUAUUUACAAGUACUUAACUAGGACAGGUACGAUUCGUAUCUGCGUUCCAUGAGAGGAGAGGAGCCUGCUCCUUCACGGCAUGAGGAACCGCCGGGUAUACCGACCCCGUCUGCCGCAGACGAGGAGCGUAGGCG